AUUUGAUGAUUUUUCAUUACUUUUUAGUGGUUUGUUGUGAAUCAAGUGUAAAUUAUUGCUGCAAAAUAAAAAAAUAUUGACUUUAAAAUUGAAAAAAAUUUAAAAAUUGUAAAUAAUUAAAAAAGUUAAAAACUCGACACUUUUAAAUUUUAAAACAAAUCUAAAAGCACCAAAAAUGAAGCUUCAGAUCACCAUCCUCAUCAUAUUCAUCACCCUGCACCUCACAACCCCUCAAAUCCCAACAAAAAAUCACCUCAAAUUACCAAUCUUCAACCAUCUUAACAGCAAAUUCCUGAACAUCCCAAAACCUCCAUCAAACUACAAAGCCAGCCCUCAUGUCACUGAAAAUUGGAUCCAACAACAAAUCGAUCAAUUCAAUCCACAAGAUCACAGGACAUUCUCACAAUAUUACAGCAUGAAUGAUGAGUUCUUCACAACUGGAGGUCCAAUUUUCAUCUUUAUGUUCAUGAUGCCAUUUUAUUCAUAUCUUGGUGAGAUUUACUUGUCUUAUGGACCAAUUUAUGAUGUCGCUGAUGACUUCAAUGCCACAAUUGUGUUUCCACAUCAUCGAUAUUUUGACAGGUCGCUUGUUUUUGAGGAAACGACAGUUGAGAAUUUGAGAUUUUUAUCAAUUAAUCAAGCUAUUGAGGAUCUGGCACAUUUGAUUGCUCAUUUGAGAUCUGACGAAAGUCGACGAGACUCUGACAUAAUCUUAGUUGGAUGGGAUUAUGGCGCAAGUAUGGCAACCUGUUUUGCACAGAAGUAUCCACAUUUAGUAACUGGUGUUUGGGCAUCAAAUGGAAAAUACAAUCCAAGUUUCAAUCAACCAGAAGUUGUGAAAAUUGUCGAGCAGCAGUUAAGGGCCUUUGGGUCUCCUGGAUGUGCUGAAAAAAUUGAAAAUGCAUUUAAUCAACUUGAGGAAAUGAUUGCCAAUAAUCAGUCAAACAUCAUUCGCAGACGAUUCAAUUUUUGCUUCCCAAUUCCAUACCAGCAUGGAGAUUUAGACAUCCAGUACCUUUAUGAGCUAUUGACUGUGCAUUUCUAUGGAUAUUCACUGGUUUUUGAUCAAUCUUACAUUGAGAAAUAUUCAUGCGGGACAUUUAUGAAUGCUCCAGUUGAGCAUGACUGGGAGGCACUUGGAUAUAUCCUCGGAUUAUUGUCACUUCCAUUUCCAAUCUGCUAUCCUAACAGCUUUGCUUUCCAAACAGAAAUUGUUAAAGAGAAUAUUAAAGCUGAUUGGGAGAUGGCAUAUGGAAGGACGUUCCUGUAUCUUGAGUGCAUUGAGUAUGGAUUUUUCUUCAAUUCUGGCGAUGGUUCGAGCAUUUUUGGAUCAAAAUUUCCAUCUGAAUUCUAUGCACAUACUUGUGAGGAAGUCUUCGGAAUAACCGGCGAACAAAUGGAAUUAAAUUACCAAAGAUUCACAACAAUGCAUGGAGGACGUCAACCAGUUGUCAGAAACGCUUACUAUACUUUUGGUGAAGUUAAUCCAUGGAUUAAUCAAGGAAUUGAUAAAACGACGAUCGAUAAUUCAUCAUAUUAUGAAUUAAUUCCAUUGAGAAGUAUUCAUACGGAACUUAGUCUCGAUAUUGACGAUCCUCAUUUCGCAGAAGUCAGAAGAAGAGUUUAUUCAGCUAUUCGCAGGUGGUUGAAACAUUAAAGUAGAAUUAUGUAGUAAAAAUAGU